UUGUGCUGUGCAGGCCUCGACUACUUCCUGCUGUAUGUCACAUUUGACACCUGCUGCUUUAUGAAAUUGUGGUCGCCAGCACCAGCACAUAAAGAGGUGAAAAUGUUUCUUCUUCUCAGCUGUUGGAUUCUUGCAGGAAUCAUGGCAGUUGACCCAGCAAGGACAUAUUACCAAGCCACAAACAGCUCACUGUGUCUCCACGUUACAAAACCACCACCAUAUAUGAGAAGUACGUGGAUGUUCGGUAGUUACGUUAUCGUCUCCGAUUUAAUAUUCAACCCCCAAUAUCAAGAAAAAGUGGAUUACCAUCAUGGAAACAAGACCCUGUGCAUAAAAAACCUGACAAAGGCAGACACCGGCACCUAUGCAAUCAAAAUCCAAGACAUGACUUUUAAAGAAACAGAGGAGAACUACAGAGUCAAUGUUCAAGACGCUGUUCCGAGGCCCGUCAUCGCCAUGUCAGUGCUGCGAUCGAACAUGUCCGCACAAUUCUGCAACUUUACAGUGAACUGCUCCGUCUGGGGUCGCUGGUUGUGGUCCAUGUGUGACAAAGGUGGCUGCCACCCAUCACAGAAGCUGUUCAGUGAGGUCAACAUCACCGUCUCCAUGAGCAACAGGGCCGUUGUCUGCAGUGGCAACAACCACGUCAGCACAAAUCAUGUUUCUGAAAACAUGGCGACGAUGUGCUUCAGAAAAGAUGACACCGAAAAAAGAGAGGCCAUACUCACAAAUGCGCUCCUCAUAAUUUCUGGAGCAUGUGCUUGCUUCAUAGUUCUGGUUUUUAUAGUUUCUUAUAUAGUUAAGAAGCUUUGCUCAAAGUUUAAACUGAACCAGCUUGAGGAACAGCCACAACAUGAGCCCAGAACCUCGACCUCCUCAUCCACUCCAUCUGACGCCGCUUAUGAAAACAUCGAUGACAUAAACCCCAUCCAAGACUCAAGAUCCAGGACGAGUCAGAAAGUGGAUACUGUCUAUUGCUUUUCCAUGCAGCCAAUUAAUGUGCCGGCUUCUCAUGGAGGAGACGAUGAUAAAGGUACAAACGUGAAAAGCACUGGAGGUGCAACAGCGCCACAGUGUGUCGGCAUGGAAGAAAAACAGCCCCCUGUGCAAAUUUGCACAGUGUACAGUGAACUGCAAAAGCCCCGUAAUCUGAAGCCACAGCACUGAAGUCUGAAGCCACUUACAACAAACUGUGCAGCUAAUACGUCCACACGCCUUCAACUGAUAUUUGUGAUGACUUUAUCAGAGGAUUAAUCACAUGCACUGAGGUCAGGAGCUGAUGUGUGUGUGUGUGUGUGUGUUUGUAUUUAUAUUUUUGUGAGGACCAAAAAAAUUUACACCUGUGGGGACAUUUUGUAACUAAAAAGGGCUUUUUCAUGUUUAAGACCUUCUUUUAGAGUUAUUUAGAAUUGGGUUAUGAUUGGGGUAAGGGGCUAUAAAUGCCUUAUGUCAAGGAUGUGUCCUUACUAAGAUAUAAAAACAAGUGUUUGUGUGUGUGUGUGUGUGUGUGUUGGCACCACCUUAAGAUGAAGUGAGAAACAGAGACCGAUGGUUUUACUCCCUAUUUGAGAGGGUGGCUUAGGGCUGAAUAAUGAAUUGCAAAUUUCAAUCAUGGCUUGCUGCAAGCUUCAAUAUUUACUAAAGCAAAAUCAAAAUAAAUCAUCCCUAGUGUG